AUGAUAAAUAUUAAUAAUCUUUUUUUUUCUGAAUGUGUCUAUAACUCUAGUCUAAAACAAUGCCUUAAGAAGCUGGAGUGCCACUUCACAUGGGAUCUGGAGUACAGUAUAAAUACACUCCAGGAUUUACUGAGCAACCUGAAUGAUGUGGAUCAGGAAAUGUGCACUUGGCCGGUUCACUAUUACAACCUGCUGGGCUACAUCCAUCAGGCUCUUGGCUCCAGCACAGAGGCGCUGAUGAACCUGGACAAAGCAGAAAGUGUGAUCCAGAAGCAGGGAACAGAAGAGGAUGGAGUCCGGCUGCAGGUCAACAAAGCUAACCUGGCUUGGGUCUACUUCCAUUUGGGAGAGAUGGAGAAGAGCAAAGAAUAUCUAGAAGAGGUGGAGAGGCUUCAGCGAAUGCAUCCUGCUCCACCUGGAUGCACUUUACACCCUGAAGUCAGUGGAGAAAAGGGCUGGACGCUGAUGAAGUUUGACUUGUCAAAGAAGCACCAGGCGAUUGAUUACUUUAAAAUGGCUUUGAAAGCACAACCAGAUAAGAAGGAAUGGCACAAAGGACUUGCCAUGGUGAUGAACAUGGAAUUUGCACAGUCUCAAUUCACUCCAGAACAGAUUGUAGAGCAACUGAAAAUCGCACAUGAGAAAGACCCGAAUAGUUUGUUCCUUCAUGCUCGUUACUUACUAAAACUGUGUGGUCAGAAAAAGGUGUCAUCAGAAAACAUUGAAAGGGAGAUGCAAGAUUUACUAGAAAGAACUCUUGAAACUGGAAACCUGGAGGGUUUGCACAUUAUUCUCAGGUAUUAUAGAAAAGAGAUUUCUUUUGAUAAAGCUGUUCAAAUAGCAGAGAGAGUUCAAGAAAAGUUCCCCUCUUCAGUUUUAGCAUUGAAACUUUUGGCAAACAGCUACAAAUGGAAGGUUUACAGCAUGGAAGGCAGUGAGGAAAAGGAGAUUUUUGCUAGGAAAGCCAUUAAGCUCUUUGAGGAGGUUGUCAGACAUAACCCUCACUCAUUCAAAGUAAAGAUAGCCCUUGCAUCAAUGCACGAAUAUGCACACAACAGGGAGAGAUCAGAUGAGAUUUACCAGCAGCUCCUGUCAGAGAUAAAUGAUCUUUCUCCUGAAAGGCAACAGCAUAUUUACCACAAUUAUGCCUAUCGUCUACUGCACUGCAGACAGUAUGAUGAAUCAAUCGAAUAUCACAUGAAAGUAGCAAAAAUCCCAAGUGAUACAGUUCACAAACAGAAGAGCAUAAAUAUUCUUCAAAAAACUGUGAGAAAAGGUAGAAGCCGUCACUGUGAGGAAAUUCUGCAUAUUCUGGAGAGAAAUAAUAUUUCUGAUUAAAAUGUCAUACUUCAUCAAAAAAACAAACAAACAAAAUCCUUCCAUUUGUAUACAUUUGUCACAAUUCUGAAAAUUUUUGUGGAGGUGGGAAAAUUUUCUCCCUCUUGAAAACCAUUCUGAAUCUUCUAAAACCAAAAAAUACCAGGCUUUUUUUUACAAGUUUCAAGUUUCAUUGGGUCUUUCAAUAUAAUUUACCUCGUUUUCGGCCUGCACCUCAAGACAUUUUUGGCAUAUAAAGGGACUGAAUAUAUUUGAUUCUGUAAUUUUGAUUACAACAAAUAACAUUUAAAGCAUGUGAUAUUGAUAAUAUUGUGUGGGCUUGACCUACUAUAAUUUGAUUGGCUGUUCAGACGGUUGAAGUGAUUUGGAUAUUUAACAUCUAACAGUGAGGAAAGGAAGACUUUGGCUAUGAAAUCCAUUGAGCUGUUUGAGGAGGUUGUCAGACAUUACCCUAAUAUUUUAAAUGAAAGAAAUUCCAAAAAUGAAAA